CGUGAUGUAUCACCUUUAAGGGUGAUCAAUUCGCGUAUCUGCACGAGUUGUUGCAAAGAGCGGGAAGAACACAAGUCUAGAAAAACGACGAUCUGUUGCCAUUCUCAUGAAGAAUGCAAAUGCAGGUGGUGUGUAACGCGUGGAAAUUGUUCAAGAAUUAAUAAUAAAUGCAAGUGUGGAUCACAAGCGAGCUGCAUUAACUGCGGCAAACCGAGAAAUCAAUGUUGUUGUGCUACAUUCGCUCUGGUAAGGUGCCACAAGAUCAAGGAAGGCCGCAACCGCAAGAGGACAAUGAUUUGCCUGUACUGUGAUAAUCCUCAAGACAAAUGCACGUGCAGAGGACCGAUCGGGAAGUGUUCGUAUUGCGGGUUGCCGUCAGAUGUUUGCAAUUGUCCAGACGACGAGGGUCACGCUCGUGAUUAUGAACAGAUUGCCAGAAGACCGGAUGAGAAUCGAACGAUUCGCGUCACCAGCUGGAAGCCAAAAAGGGAAAUCAGGCGGUAUUUUGCGAGGAACUCCGAGGACUUUCGGUCGUAUUCCACCGAAGAAUUGAUGAACGAACUACAGCAGAAGAUGAGCGAAUCCGUAUGCUGCGCACGAUGCUGGAGGAAUCCUUGCUGUUGUAGAUCGCUGGUCAAUCAAGAUAAGAGAAAGGAAGAAGGAAAAAUUGAGAAUCGUGUCAAACGCGCUGAAAUAGAAAGACCACCUAGAAACAAGUCAUCGAAUAAUUGCCGAUGUAAAUCGAGAAAGGUAUAUAAAAGCACCAUUCAAAAGUCGAUACCAAUCCGACAUAGUGGCUGCACUUGUAGACUAACACCGUGCAAAUGUAGAAAAGACAGAUUCAACCAUAAGAGACCGCUGGCUAAGUGUUAUUAUUGCAAGAGUCUGCCUUGCACGUGA